GGAUGAUUACGCGAUACAAACAUUCAGUUGUGCAUUCCGUUACGGUUAUGGUAUCUCUCACGCCUCCCCAAAAUCUAUUCCAUCUAAAUAUCCUGAGACUUCAACAAUGUCAGUCGAACCGUCUUAUACUCCCUACUUUGGGGAUUUGCAUCACAUUCUUGGCACUCUUCUCGUUGAGUACAACCAUCCACUUGGGUCAAGUCCUCUGGUGCUGACGCCGGUACUUGAUUUCUACUCUUGUCAUCGGUGGUAUCGUUGGCAACGUCGAGAUACUACGUUUAUCGGCGAAUGCUUAUAGUCGACCCUUGACGCUAGAUGGUCAGACCGACUGUGAUCCGCCAAGAACGUCUCUACAAACACUGCUUUCCUCACACAAAUCUCGACGAUGAUUUCAGGUGAUCAGAUCAUAUCACUGCUUCCGUAGUUCGACGUUCUUGAGCGCGGCAAAUUUAUCAUCUUGGGAAAUAGUCAAUCGCUUGGGGCCUCAAUACAGCCUUAUUUCGGCAAGAGCUUGUAUGCUCAUACCACUCUGGAUGCGGCGCAAGUUACCUCUAAUCGAUAUGUUGGCUUAGAUGCUCUGUCCGUGGACUCAGUGGCGCUUGUGGUCCAG